AUGGCUCCUGUAGGACCUGUUGCUGUGCAGAACCCCCUCAACAAGAUGAAGCGCCCUCCGCCACCGGGCAUCCAGACCAACGGAGUGGUCGCCACGACCCCCUCGCCGUCUCCCUCAUCUUCGGCCAAGAAACCUCCGCCAAGCGCGAAGCAACCCACACCCAAUCCGGGGGUGGAGCGCAACAUCACAACCUCGACUGUGCGACCGGUAAACCGGGUUCGCCGCGACACGAUAACACAACUCGGCCGAAAUUCAAGGAAUAGCACAGGCUUGCGGUCUUCUUCAGUGGUGGCCGAUCCACAAGGUCUGGAUGGGGGGCCCCGGCCGUAUGUUGUUACCGAUAGCUACGUUCUUAAGAGAAAUGCUGGUAAACGGCCAUCAUUAGUGGUGCAUCUGCACCCCAACCAUUUCCGGUUCGACGGACAGGACAGCAUCUUCUCCUACGUAUCCCCGAUGCGGAUGUUUCUCCAACACCUCAAGACAAGAACGAUCCCCCAUGAUAUUCUGGAAUACUUAGUCCAGGCCAACGUUCCAUUCUACGACGGUUGUCUAAUUGUUCGGGUUCAUGAUCAUAAGUCAACAACCAAGAGCCAAGAAACCGCUCGUCCAACAUCAUCUUCCAACGCCCCCGACCCCUCAUCAGUUCAUAGCCGCAGCCAAUAUCUUACACCUUCGCCCUAUGUUGCCUUUCCGAAGGAAGGGACUGUACCAACGGAGGAAACGAAUCCUGCGGAAGCGGAAGCAAUCAAGGAGGAAGCGAAAGAAGAUAAAGAGAAAGAACACUCAACAUCAAUUGCGCAAUCAAAGGCUGCAGCUAAACCUAGAGUCUAUACCUUGGUAUUGCACCCAACUUCCGAGAGCUUACAACGAGAUCUAUUCCUCAAGGCGACUACACCUGCUGGCGGUGAUGGGCGGCAGACAGCAGAAGGGACAAAUGGUGUCCCUCCCUCAACACCUAUGACGUUGGUUCCCCCUACACCGACAGCUGCCACGAUGCCACCUCCGGCAAAACGGCAAAAGAAGGUUAAAAUGGAGCUCGAACCAAAUCAUCUUUCUGCUGCAGAAGGCCAGAUUUUGCUGGCAACUGAAGCACCCCUGUUUUUAGAACCUACGAAGACUUUGGAGGAGCAAAUAGUCCUCCUGGAUGCGAUGGCGCAUCCCAAGCAUUCUGGGCCACCGCCCCAGCCAAAGACUCGGAAGAGAACAGUUGCGGAGAUGGCAGCGGAUGAGGCAGCCGCGGCCGAGCAAGAACGCUACAUGCUUCUCCUGGAUGAACGGUCCGGAACUACAAGCGCUCAGAAUGCCGGCGGCACAGACGGCGAUGCUCAGAAUGGUGCAACCACAUUUGAGCCUAGAUUUGAACGGUUCAAGGUUAUCGCCGAUAUCAAACGGGAACAUGCGGAGAAGAAGGAGCAAGAAAAGAUCAAGCAACAGGAGAAUGAUAGGAGACUCCAGCAGCAGAGGCUGCAACAGCAACAAGAACAGGCGCAGGCGGCGCAGAAGCAGCAGGCUGAGGCUGCAGAGAAGGCAAGACGCGAGGCUGCCAUCAGAGAAAACCACGCCCGACAGCAAAGCGAAGCACAAAGAGCAGCAAUGGCUGCCAGAGCAGCGGCGGUCGCUACGCCAGUUGCUCCGCCGAAACAAGUCAGCACACCACAAAAUAGUGCCCCUACGCCGCAUGUCCACCCCCAGCAAAACCCCAUUGCUGCUAAUAACAUGCCGAAUGGCGGUCCAGCUGUGCCACAACAGCAGCCUAAUGCUGUCCAGAACGCUGUCAUGGCGGGACAAGCCCAGGCUCGCUUUCCUCCUCAGAUACAGCAGCAAGUGGUGUCAGCGCAAUCACCUAUUAUCCGCCAGGGCACUCCUCAAAAUCAUUCGUCGCCCAUGGUUAACAACAGUGUACCAAUGCAGCAGACGAGUUCUGCCAUGGCUGCCAGUCCUCCUCGGCCAUCCUCUGUGGUUCAAAACCCGCCCAUGUCUGUUCCCAUGUCGCAUAAUAUGUCUGCUCGGGGGAGUCAGCAAAGUCACCCCUCAGGGACGCCGCGGAUGCCGCACUCGACUCCUAACAUGGCCCAUGGCACUCCCAUCAGCCGGCCGGCAAUGGUUGCAACGCCUCGUAUGAGUCAGGCGAGCCCGCCGCCUAACAUGAUGGCACAGAACUCCCAGAUGGGUCAAAUGAUGAUGAUGAACAACCAAAAUUUGGCGCAGCAAAACCCACAAUUGAUGGCACAGUUCGCUGCACAACGUGCGAUGCAACAGCAGCAACAGCAGCAUCUCCAGCAGCAGCAGCAGCAGCAUAAUAUGCAAGGGGCUAAUCUUAAUGGGAACAUGGUUGCACAAAUGUCACCACACCAACAGCAGCAGAUGAUGGCGAUGAUGCAGCAGCGACAGCAAUUUCUUGCUCAACAGCAACAGCAGCAGCAACAGCAGCAGAUGCAGCAACAGCAAGGAGGCAUGCCUACUCAGCAGCAACUCGCCCAGCAGUAUUCUCAGCAGCUACAAAACAUGCAAGGCAACCAGAUGCGCCAAAUGACGCCUCAGAUGCAGGCUCAGUUGCAAUUGGCUAGGAUGCAGCAACAGCAACAGCAGGCAGCGCAGCAGGCGGCCCAGCAGCAGAUGGGUGGUAAUACCAUGCAGAGGCAGGUCAGCGGCCAGAUGAUGAACGGAAACAACGCGAACAUGCAGGCUAUGCUCCAGAUGCAACAACAGCAGCAGCAGGCAGCACAGCAGCAACGGCAAAUGAGCCAGCAGCAGCAAAACCCCGUGCAAAUGCAAAUCCACCAGACGGCAAGGAACGUGUUUGCUAGGAUGAUUCAGGAGACCACUGCCAAGUAUGGUGGCCGGGACCAGGUCCCCGAAGAGGUGGUCAACCAAGUGAAAGCACAGUCUAUUCAGCAGGCGCACAUGAUUGUUAAGAACACUCUUGCUCAGCGUCAAGCCGCACAGCAAAACCAAUUGCUGAUGCAGCAGCAGCAACAGGCUAUGCAAGGAAUGGGGGCGGUUUCGCCGGCAUCAUCGACCAACAUCCUGCACUGCGAUAACCUGGUAGUUGACAAGCACACGUUCGAUCUCUCGGCGCUCACGGGCCCCCACUCCGUCGUUACGUCGCGGUACAACUCGAUAGCAGACAACUACCACAACACGACCUAUACUCUCGAUAUCUGUCGCCCUCUGAGGAAGACGGGCAGUGGAAAGAAAGGCGAGGAAUGUCCCAACGGUACUCAAGUAUGCGCCAUUACCCGGCUGCUGAAGGAGAACGUGGACACCAUUGAUAAUGUCAUUGCCAUCGCUGGGGCGCUGGAAGACAACGGCGGCACGCAGUUCGAAUACCAAGCGACACGUCUGAAAACGAGCGACUCCAACUCAGAUUCGCAAAAGGAGGGAGUGAGGUUGGUGCUGAAAGGUGGUAGAGAACCCCUCGAAGGAUCGGACCGUCGGGACCAGCGCGCGGUGAUCGAGUUUCUUUGCGACAAGAACAGGACCGGUCUGGAGGGCGAGUGGCGCUCGGAAGAUCGCUACGAAGGGGACGAGUUCGAACAGCUGCGCGCUCGCGAGGAAAAGGAUGAUAAGGGUGAUAAGGGCGACAAGGGCGACGAGAAGUCCAGCUCUGAACAUCAACUACUUAAUGAUGGGGCGGCCCUUGUCUGGGAGAGCUACGGCGCAGAUGAUUCUGAAAAGAACGUCGACACUCUACGACUUACCUGGCACACCAAGCAUGCCUGCGAAAGCAGAGAGGAUAGCGGCGAUGAUGAUAGACAGAAGAACAACAGUCAUUGGGGCUUCUUCACUUGGUUCAUUAUCAUUGUCUUCCUCGUCGUUUCUGCCUACCUUAUUUUCGGCUCUUGGCUGAACUACACUCGUUACGGAGCCCGAGGAUGGGACCUCCUCCCCCACGGCGAUACCAUUCGAGACAUUCCAUACUUGCUGAAGGACUGGACUCGCCAGGUGCUGAACACAGUACAGGGCACCGGAAGUCGUGGUGGAUACAGCGCUGUGUAG